CAGCGCUCCACACAGGCGGUAAGAUGAACCUAGAGGACGAGCAGGACGAAAAGUCCCCAGAUGAGUCACCAUCAUCGUCCACGAGCUCGACGAUACCCGAUCCGGCGCACCUUACCAUCAAACCUGGGUCCCAAGAAAGCUCCCAAGCCGCGAACUACGAUACGCUGUACCUGAAUCGCCGCUACGGGUCCUCGCAGGAUGACGUUGACGCCAGCUCUUUCCCGGCGCCGCAAUCGAACCUCUCCUCGCACAUGUCUGUGAAUGGCUACAUGCGGUUCGAGGAAACAAGUAUGCGG